AUUUUGGUAUUGCCAAAUUUGGAGUGUUUGUCCGCGUAGUCGCAGCAGUAAAUAAGCAAUACAGUAUUACAGUCAUAGUGCGUAGGAUUUCCAGCAUCCGCCUGGCUAUUCGCACCGAACUAGGCCAAUUUCCUGUUGCGAUUCCCGUCUGCGUGUCCAGUUUUCGUUGACAUACGCGAUGGAAGACAUAUUUCAGUGGUGUCGGGAAGGCAUCGCCAUGCAAGUGCGGGUUUGGCUCGAUGACACCGAACAUGACAUGAACCACGGAGAUGAUCACGGAUUCAGCCCGUUGCACUGGGCUGCCAAAGAGGGCCAUCUGAAAAUUGUUGAGAUGCUGGUGCAAAGAGGUGCACGCAUAAAUUCCACGAAUCGAGGCGAUGACACGCCUCUGCACUUGGCCGCGGCGCACGGUCACCAUGAAAUCGUUCAUCUGUUGUUGAAAAACCGAGCAGACAUUAAUUUCACAAACGAACACGGUAACACUCCGUUACACUACGCUUGCUUCUGGGGCUAUGAAGCAAUAGCUGAAGAACUCAUUGAAAACGGUGCAUUGGCUGCUUUGGCCAACAAAGAUGGAGAUACUCCGCUAGACAAGGGAAAAGGACCAAUUUUAAAACAUUUAAAAGAUUUAGCUUUGCAAUCUGGACAAGAUCUUACUAAAAUCAAUUUCAAAGAUCAAAGUUGGUUAGGUUUGAAAACAAGAAGCAGAGAUGCUACAUUAUCACGCCAUAAAGGAAUAAACUUGAGUGAUCUUUACUUGCACACAAAAAUGGCUACUUCCCCCAGUGGAGAAACAUGGCGUGGUCAUUGGCAGAAGAAUGACAUUGUCGCUAAAGUGUUGGCUGUUCGACAAUGUACCCCUCGAAUUUCGAGGGAUUUUAAUGAAGAAUUCCCAAAACUAAGAAUAUUCUCACACCCAAAUGUGUUGCCAGUGAUAGGAUGUUGUAACUCCCCUCCCAAUUUGGUGGUUAUUAGUCAGUAUAUGCCUUGGGGCUCGCUUCAUACUUUAUUGCACGAAGGAGCCAGAGUUACAGUGGACACAGCCUUAGCACUUAGACUUGCAGUAGAUGUUUCUAGGGCCAUGGCGUUUUUGCAUAGUCUGGAAAGGAUUAUACCACAAUUUCAUCUGAAUAGUCAUCAUAUCAUGAUUGACGAGGAUCUUACAGCUAGAAUAAAUAUGGCAGAUGCUAAAUUUUCAUUCCAAGAAAAAGCAAGAGUAUACUACCCUGGAUGGAUGUCUCCUGAGGCUUUACAAAAAAAGCGAAUUGAUACCAAUUCAGAAGCAUGUGACAUGUGGAGUUUUGCAAUUCUUCUAUGGGAAUUAGCUACUCGUGAAGUUCCAUUUUCUCACUUGUCACCAAUGGAAAUAGGGAUGAAGGUGGCUUUGGAGGGUUUAAGAGUGUCUAUUCCAUCUGAUAUUUCUCCACAUCUCACCAAACUGAUUAAAAUAUGUAUGAAUGAGGAUCCAGGCAAGAGGCCAACUUUUGAUAUGGUGCUUCCAAUUUUGGAUAAAAUGAAAAGAUAAUAAAAAGUAACAAAAUUCUUCAGAGCUAUAGCGGAAGAAGAAAUCUUAACAUAGUAGGUCACUAACUUUUACACAAAAGUAUUUAUUUCAAAACCGAUACAUCUCAAAUGGUUACAAAUUUAAUAAAACAGAAUAGGUCAGUAAAUUUUACACAAAAGUAUUUAUUUCAAAACCAAUGUAUUUCAAGUAGUUACAAAUUAUAU